ACGAUGUUGUCUCUGUCUGUCUGUUUUUUUUCGUUUUUCGUAAAUUGAAUAUUUUCACUAAAGACUGGGGAGAAAAGGGAUAGGUAGCACGUAGUUCCGGAAAUCUGAAAUGUUCUUUGUGACUAGGCAAAAAUGGAUUACAGUCCUGCAACACGUAUCCAGUCUCGCUGUUGAAUGUCAGGUUUGCCUUUUUCCGGCCUCCGUUGAACGCUUACGCUGGACGACGUUUGUCCAAGUGAGGUUGCCGUACAACUUUCGCUGCAUCUGUCCUUUAGCGUAUGUUUUUCUUACGUUAACCACACUCACUUAUCAAACAAUUCUCCCCGAAUUAGAACUAAACGUCUGGACGGAAUACCUCCCAUCACUGCUUUACUGGAGUAAAAUAUCAUUAAUUACAUCUUCGCGUCUGCAUUAACUCGUCUCAGUGCAUGUCGAAGCUUCUCGGCCUAGCAUAGUUUAGCUUGCUAGCCGCUAACAAAGAGACGCGUUUGUUUACACAUCGCUGAAGAGAUUAGCUGUGAGUGUAAAGUGUUGUGAAUAUCGUGUGAAAAUGUGUGCGACCCGUGUAAAACAAGAGUACGAGGAGAAAAUGUGUCAAACAAAAGGGGAGAACGAGAGACAACAUCAACUGCAGGACGCUGUUUUCAAGAAGCCUCAAAAUGUGUCACACAGAGCAGACGUGUGUCCUGAGAUGCAGGAGCGACAGUCCCAUCACAUGAAGGAGGCGGAGGAGGAAGAGGAAGAAGAGGAGGAGGAGGAGGAGGAGGAAGAGCGCUACCACUUUAAACAGGAAGAUGAGGCAGAGCCCUCCCAGGUCAAAGAGGAGGGAGAGCUCGUCUACAUUAAAGAGGAGGAGGAGGAGGAAGAAAUCACCAAUUUGCCAUUGACGGUUGUCGUAUUGAAGAGUGAAGGCGAUGACGACGAAGGUCAAAGGGACGAGGCGCGAGGGGAUGAUCCUCCGAGCAGCAGCUCAAGUCAAUACAUAACAACAGAAGGUGAUGAAGACUUCUGCGGAGGAUCACAUGCAGACAGCCUUUUAGCUCCAUUAUCAGAUAGUGACGACAAAAUGACACGCUCGCCUGACAUUGAUGAUGGUGAUGAACAAUCUAAAGGUGAUAUGACAUGUCACACUGACAACAAACGCUGGGAGUGUUCUCAAUGUGGGAAAACAUUUUGUUCAAAGUCAGGUUUGAACCUUCACAUGAGAAUACACUCAGGGGAGAAAUCUUUUGAUUGCUCAGUUUGUGGUAAAAUAUUCCCUACACAGGCGCACUUGAGACCACACGCAAGAACACAUACUGGCGAGAAACCUUUUGCUUGCUCAAUUUGUGGUCAAAGAUUCUCUGAAAAUGGAAGCUUAAGAAGACACAUAAGAACACACACUGGGGAAAAACCUUAUACCUGCUCAGUUUGUGGUAAAGGUUUUGCGACUCAGGGAAAUUUAAGAACACACACAAGAACCCACACUGGCGAGAAGCCUUAUGCGUGCUCAUUUUGUGGUCAAAGAUUCUCUGGACAGGGAAGCUUAAGAAGACAUUCAAGAAUACACACUGGUGAGAAACUUUUUUCCUGCUCAGUUUGUGGUAAAGACUUUUCCACAAAAGGUAGUUUAAGAAGACACACAAGAGCGCACACUGGUGAGAAACCUUUUGCCUGCUCAGUUUGCGGCAUGAGAUUCAGUUGGAAGGGAUAUUUAAUAACACACAAAACAACACACACUGGCGAGAAACCUUUUGCCUGCUUAGUUUGUGGUAAAAGAUUCACAUUGAAGCCAUAUUUAGUAAGGCACACAAGAACGCACACUGGGGAGAGACCUUUUGUCUGCUCAGUUUGCGGUACAUCAUUCUCUGACACAGGAAGCUUAAGAAGACACACAAAAAUCCACACUGGGGAGAAACCCUUUGCCUGCCCAGUUUGUGGUAAAAGAUUCACUCGGAAGAGAGAUUCAAUCAGGCAUACAAGAACACACACUGGGGAGAAGCCUUUUGACUGCUCGGUUUGUGGUAAAAGAUUCUCUUGUAAGCAUCACGUUAAGACACACAAGUGUGCCGGUCAGAAAAGCAGCAGUCAAUUAAGUUUUAAAAAGACUGAAAAAACUUGACUCUUUGUGCCAAGAUGGAAGAGUGUACAGUCAAUGUAUUCCUGAAUAAAAUACUUAAAACAGUGA